UGGCUGCGUCAGCUCUGGGGUGGAUGUAAUCCAGGAUGAGAAAAAGCUGUGGAAAUUCUCUGGGGAGAUAGAAAGGGCGAAGGGAGACAGCCAGAAGCUCGAUGUUUCCUUGACUGUGUCCAAAGGGUUCCUCACCGUUAAGAAUUCACCUGAAGGAGUGACAAUAAAAGGUGAUGGCGAGAUGAGCCUGGUUGUAGAAUGUAGCAGCCUGGUGACCCUCAACAACCUGCUGGCUACAGUGUCAUAUACCAGCACUGUCUACCAUAUACACACCGGCGACUUGGCCAUCUUCCAGUUUGAGAACCAUGAAGCUGUGUUUCCCAUCUCCAUCAAGCAGCCUAAACUGCCAGUGCUUUAUGACAUAGGAACAGAAAUCAGCUCCCACGUUACCAUCACCACAAAGAUAUUCCUGCGCUACCAAAAACUGGAGGUGUUGUUGAGCAGCAUACGGCGUUUUUAUAGCAACAUUACAGUCAUCAUUGCCGAUGACAGCGAUGACCCGCAGAAAAUUACCAGAGAACAUAUCCAACACUACAUCAUGCCUCCAGCACAGGGCUGGUUCGCUGGCAGGAAUCUUGCCGUCUCCCAGGUGAUCACAAAGUACUUCCUGUGGGUGGAUGACGAUUUUGUGUUUACAGAGGAAACAAAGAUAGAGAAGCUGGUGGAGAUCAUGGAGAAAGUUCCCGAACUGGAUGUGCUUGGCGGAUCAGUAGAAGGCAACCAGUUUUAUUUCUCAUUAGACUAUCAGGAAGGAGACGAAAUGGAGGGUGGCUGCCUGAGCAGAAAGUCUGAAGAGACUUUCCACCAACUCCCUGGUCACCCACAGUGCUCUCUAGCCAGUGGGGUGGUCAACUUCUUCCUUGCUCGUACAGAUGCUGUACAGAAGGUGGGAUUUGACCCUAAGCUCCAGAGAGUAGGACACUCAGAGUUCUUUAUGGAUGGGAUGGGAUCUCUGAUGGUUGCCAGCUGUAGCCAUGUGUCCAUCGGCCAUCAGCCUCAUACCAGCAACAUGGACACAGCCCGCUACGACAGCUUCAGAAAUCCAGAAGACAGUGAGAAAGAGUUUAAACUGCGGCUUCACUUCUUCAAAAAUCAUCUAAAGUGUGUGCACUAUGGAUAGAUAGAAUGGACCAACUGCUUUUUAGAUUUAAUAUUUUUCAAAGCCAAUGAAAUCAUUAUUUCUAUCUCUUCUUAGAGAUUUAAAAAUGAUAUACCCUUAAAGGAAGAAUAUGCAACUUUUUGAUCCUGUAGAUGUCGCCCUUACAGUAAAAUAAUUACUAACCUAAGUUUAAUUGACUAUCAAUUUACCCUUUAUUGAUGAUGGUUAUUAUAAAGUAAGCUCGAAAAACGUUCCUCUAAACUGCCUACUAUGAACUUAAGUGGUUCUCACUUCUUCUUUUCCAACUUUUCGACUAUUAGAGGAAGAAUAUGCAAUUUUUUGAUCCAGUAGAUGUCGCCCUUGAGCACCAGCAUGAAACCAAAACGACUCGCGCUGCAUUGUUGUGUUAGCAUGCUAAUACUAGCGCUCUUUAUUUUGCACGUAGCUUCACACUGAAAUGACCAUGAUCUAAAAAUGCUUACAUGACAUUCAAAUAAGCAGCGAGUACAUUGUGUUAUUCUUCUUUUUUCUAGCGCCUCAAUUGAAAUACUUUUAUAAGCAAGGGGAUGAGCAGGCCGGCCGUCCCGUCCAUAUAAACACGAUGUAGGUACGGCUCGGAAAACAUCACAGACAGUGGGAUUCGGGUGUCACACUCAUUGUAGACAGUCAUGACUCACAGAGAUAUUUACAGAGGACAUACUGGAUUUCUGCUACAUUUAUGUGUAAAAUCUCGUGCACACAGCCUUUAAAGGACUAAGUGAUGUAUAUUAUUACUUAUUACCUCUGUCAACUUUGUUUACAUUUUUGUAUUGUGUUAAUUUGUUAUGUUUUACUGCACAUACAUGAAUGGUCCUUUUUUGUCUUCAUUUUACAAUCCCCCUAAGCAAGGGGUGAUAUAUAUAUUUGGACAGUGCACAUUAAUCAAAAUAUCAACAAAUAGCAUUUAUGUAAACAUGCCAGAAUUAGCACAAAAGUUACAUUUAAUCCGUAGUCCGAGGCAGGUUUAUAUGGGGAGCAGUUUUCACUAAAGCUUUCUUAAAAAGGGCAGUUUGUUGAUAAAGUGAGACAAGGUCAACAUGUCGGCAUGAAUUAGUGCAACACCUGUAUAGUUUCUGCUGACAUUUACUUUAGCAUUUAUCUCCAUGCUUUAUCUCAUGCCCCAUUCUGUUACUUGUUUCUCUUAAUGUGCCAUGCAUCAUCAGAUUUAUAGAUUUCUCUGUGGAUUUGACUUUUCACACCUGUAUUCAGCUUCUUUCUCAUUUUGCCACAGUGAGCAGAACGGUGUCCAAUUUACCUCACUUCUUUUUGCAGGUUUAUAUGAUUUAAUUUAGUCCUAGGCUGUGUCUUAAUUAACAAAUGAUAUUGUUCCAUUGAGUAUGUUGUACAGAGAAGUCAUGUUAUGCAAUUUUUUUGUAUCCAACAAAUGCCUUGGUGUAUAAUGGUUAUGCUAAGCUGCGCCAAAGUGUGAGCUCUUUGCACGCUAAGAAGGAGCAAACAAAUAAAAGUAAUCG